AUGGCUGAGACGCCGAGCGCCCACGACGGGCACGACGAGUCCACGGCCACGCCCCGCAGCAAUAUGCUGGCAGAGCUCAUCGUAGAGGAGGACGAGAGCAAGAGCUCAGAGAUGCAGUCGCCGCCAGGGAAGGCCGCGGCGGAGAAUGUUCUGGCCGUCGUGCCGGCCGACGCGCCGCACCCGCCGGCGGCGCUGGAGCUCGCAGUCUGGCACCUGUUCAGCUUCAGCUCGUACUUCGUUCAGGCGUUCCUCCUGCCGGUGCUCUUCCCUCUCAUGAUCACUCAGCGAGCUUGGCCGGCAACCACGGCCCUGCCUUCCUCGCCGGGCUUCACGGAAAGAGGCGUGCGGUGCUCUCAGACGGAGAUGUUCCUAUAUCAAAGGAUCGUCUCCCACUCGAUCGUGAUCGGCGAUUCCGAAUUUUCUCCGCUGCAGUGGACCACGAUCUCAUGGGCCGCCGGCAUCGCGGUCGCCGUCCCUGUUUUCACGUUCAUAGCGCACCACCUUGACCACGGCGAUCACCAGCCGGUGAUACUCAUUGGCACCAUCGUGGGCGGCGCCCUCUGCUGCCUCCUCACCGGCUUCUUCAACACCAACUGGCUCUUCCCAGUCUUCAUCGCCGUCAUCGCCUUCUCCAGCGUGGUCGGCUCCGCCGCCCACGUUCGCCACCUCGGCCUUAUGGUCAGAGGCCUCAGAAUCGGCACCACGCGCCGCUCCCCUCAAGUCGGUAGCUUCCUUUCCUCGCAUGGGACAGCUGUCGGCUCGCUCGGCGCCGCCGUCAUCGCCGCCUUCACGUACCAUAUGCUCCGCCGCACCGAUCAGCUCACGAGCUUGUGGGUGGUCUUCAUCUUCAGCGGCCUCCAGUGGCUCACCGGCGUCGCCCACGCCGCUCUCUCAAUCCGGCCCGGAGCGAGUUUGCUAUCCGCUCCGACGUAUCUGGAAAAAUCCGCUCACGUUCUCGCCGUGUUCAAGUACCCGCACGCCGUCGCCGCCCUCGCGGCCUCAUUCUUCUCCUCGUUCGCGUGCAUGUGCAUCUUCGCCGGAGGCACGCUCUACAUCAUCGGCGACCUCUGUAUCCGGCCCCUGAUUUUUCUCUUCCUCUGGCUCAUCUACUUCACCUUCCCAGUGGUGGCGCUUCCCCUGUUGCAUCCGCUGCAGCUCUCCAUCCGGGCCGACUCGGUGCGCAUGCAACUCCUCGGUUUCUUCAUGGCAGCCCUCACGUCGGGGCUCGCCUUCUACUUCAAGGAUCAGAACUGGGCGCACGCCAACAUAAUCGUGGUGGGUCUCCUGCAAAGCGCGGCCAACGGAGUGCUACAUGCGUCGGAGAAGGCACUGCUGGUGGACUGCUCGCCAUCGGGCAAAGAGGGGGCCUUCGCCAUGUGGCUGGCGUGGUUGCGCGCGGGCGGCGAGUGCGUGGGGUUCGCCGUCGGAACCUCCUCGCCCGGGAACAUCAAACCCACUUUCGCUGCAGCGUUCUUGGCCGCCUUCGUGGGAGUGUUUCUAUUGAUCUUUGGCAACGUUAGCAGUGUGCAAGGGAUGGCGGAGACCGGGCAUGUGAGUGAGGAGGUCGGAAAGGGGGAGAGACCGGCGGGGUUGACUGCUGCAAAAUUGGCGCAAGGAGCGGAAGGAAGGGGACUCGUGUCUGUUUGAAUUGGUCAGUUGGCGUUUGGUUCGUUAAUUACUUCAUGACUUGGU